AAUCAAACCAAAAACGUUAGCAAAUUGUGUUUGGUAUCCGUGUCAGACUUCACGCUUCAUAAGUAUUGACACAAAGUGUGAUUGUAAUGUGUCUGGUGUUUGUGUGCAACGAGGAAGAAAGGGUGUUGGGGAGACAGACAGCACCAGGGGCAUGCCCUUAUUGUGGAGGGAUGGUACAAGCCAUUAAUGUAGAGAGCCAGUGGAGGUUCUGUUUUCUGCCAUUAUGCUUUAAGACCAAACGCAAAUACUAUUGUACCAUGUGCACAAGAAGACUAGAGGUGAUCUAAC